AUGGCGACGCGGAACGACCGCUACAACAAGCUCUCGCCCCAGGAGCGCCGCGCUGGAGAAUCGGUAUGCGCCUCGCCACCAAGUUGCUGCCAUGGCUCUAACACAGACGCACUCAGGNCCCUCAGCGACUUUGCCGACUACGUGCAGAAGCAGCAGGCCAAACGCCGCCACCCUCAAGACCAGGACUCUGCCUACGGUACCCAGUCGGUUGUCACGACCGAAGAACAUGCCGAGCUCGAUAUCCUCGACUCUCUCAACCUCAGCGACGAGCCCGCAAGCCUUCCGCUCAAACAUCUCUUCCUCGACAAGUCUGACGAUGCCGAUGAGAGCCUGAGUCUCUUGACAGGCUUCAUCAAUGGCCGCCUUGAAGAAGGUCAUGGAGAGGCCAUGUUCGACCUUGGCCUGGAAGACAACGGAGACUCUAUGAACUUUGAUAAGAACGACUGGGACUUUGCUCUGGCCAGACUACACACUGUCACCGAAUCACUAGGUGCCGACUACCGCGUACUCAUGACGAAGAAUGUCGGUGGCGAAGACGAGGUUGAUGUGAGCCCCAAGGAAAAGGCGUGUAGCGGAAAGUUGAUGAUCAGGCGGCGGCCCAACUCGGUUGAUAAUGUCAUCGAGACUCGAAUAGCUGUCGUCGGCAACGUCGAUGCUGGAAAAAGCACCAUGCUGGGUGUGCUAGUCAAGGGUGGUCUCGAUGAUGGUCGUGGAAAGGCCCGUGUCAACUUGUUCCGUCACAAACACGAGAUUGAGAGUGGAAGAACGAGCUCGGUGGGCAUGGAGAUCAUGGGCUUUGACAGCAAGGGUGAGGUCGUCAUGGCCUCGACCGCUGGUCGCAAGCUCUCGUGGGAGGAAAUCGGAAACAGAUCAGUGUGUUUGUCUAAACGAACUACUCAUAUUUGCCCUACUAACACAUGCUCUAGGNCCAAAGUCAUUGGCUUCACUGAUCUAGCUGGCCACGAGCGCUACCUACGCACCACAGUAUUCGGCAUGCUCAGCAGUGAACCCAACUACUGCCUGCUAAUGGUCGCUGCCAACAAUGGCUUGAUUGGCAUGAGCAAAGAGCAUCUUGGAAUUGCCCUCGCCCUCAACGUGCCAGUCAUGGUUUGCAUAACCAAGAUUGACAUCUGCCCGCCGCACAUUCUGCAGCAAACCAUCACCCAGUUGACCAAAAUUCUCAAGUCGCCAGGUGCCAGAAAGAUACCUAUCUUCAUCAAGAACAAGGAAGAAUGUAUAAACACCGCCACCCAGUUUAUCAGCCAGCGCAUCUGCCCCGUCUUCCAAGUCUCCAACGUAACCGGCGACUCUCUCGAUCUCGUUCGCACCUUCCUCAACAUCAUUCCCCACCACGGCCAUUACGAUGCCGAAGCUCCCUUCGAGUUCCACAUAAACGACACCUUCUCGGUGCCGUUUGUUGGUACAGUGGUAUCUGGAGUUGUCAAAUCUGGUGUCGUACACGCCGGCGAUACUGUGUUGGUCGGUCCUGACGGCCUUGGCAACUUCACGACGACGAGCAUCAGAAGCAUCGAAAGGAAACGAAUAGGUGUUCCCGCCUGCAGUGCAGGUCAAAGCGCGAGCUUUGCCCUGAAGAAGGUUCGCAGAAAGGACGUACGAAAAGGCAUGGUGUGCCUACUCAAGAACGACGAGCAGCCACCCAAGGUCCACCGCGAGUUCGUAGCCGAAGUCCUCAUUCUCAGCCACGCAACCACCAUCAAGACGAAGUACCAGGCCAUGCUGCACGUCGGUCCCAUAUCCCAGACGUGUGCUAUCAUCGACAUCGACAGAGCAUACAUCAGGACCGGUGAUCGCGCGACUGUAGCAUUCCGCUUUGUCCAGCGGCCAGAGUUCCUUGCCGUAGGUGAUCGUAUAUUGUUCAGAGAAGGGCGAACGAAAGGCCUGGGUAUUGUCAAGGCCGUUGGCUACGAUCCGAGCAAACCGCUCAAUCCUGACGCUGGCAAGCAGAAGGCGGUCGCUACUGAGGCCGCAGACACCACCGCUCCUACCCCUGCUGCUGCAUAA